AGUUUAUUUUAAGUUUGUGUAUUUUUUAACUGUGAGCUUGUACGUUAGAAUCCUUCCGCGGCCGUUGGUCCUAUUUUCUGCGCACACCUGAUUCUAAAUGCUGAUUUAAUAUUCGGCAGGUGCGCGCUCUCCUGUGUUUAUGCACAAACUACAGAACAUCAGAACAAGAGAAUUUGAGACAUGAUGCUCCAGUUAGAGGAGACUUUCAUCCGCGGGGAAUCGAACGAUCUGGUUUCUUACCUUCGUAAUGAGGGUCUGACCGCCGCUGUCCUCACCAGACUGGACCAGUGCGUUACAAAGGCGGUGUGUGGAUCCGGUUUCAACAAAGUUCUGGUUGCCCUGAAGUCUUUACAGAUUCUGUCUGAAAAUAAAGAUGAUCUUCAAACACUUGUUGACCACGGGUUGGUCGCCAAGAUUUUGCUCUGUUUGAAGCCGUUCGCAACCUCCUGACAUCUGACCUCCAUAAAAGCUCCGCCGCCUUACUUGGCCUGACCGAGGAGUUUUACGAUUACUUCCAGGUGCUGCCUCAGUCGUUCGUCCCAGCCAAUGAGCUGUCGGCAGUUCUUCUCCAAUUGGCUCAGUUUGCUUUAGAAUCAAACGUGUAUUUCCCAGUCAGACUGGAGGCCAUCAGAACGUUGAACAGCAUCCUGGAGUCACUGAAUCGAGAACAGAAGAGAAAGAUCCAGAAUGACAAGAACCAGGAACUAAUGCAGUCACAGCUGGCCGCAGCCGUCCUCUCGGUCGGAGACUACGAGCUGCAGAUCAGCCUAUCAGAGGCUCUGUGUCGCCUGACGCCCAGGAAACAGCGCCCUCUCAAGGCCAACAGCUGGUUUUUCAACGAUGACAUCAGCCGGGCGUUCUGUGACAUCAGAGACAGAGACUUCGAGGUGGACUGCAGAUGCUUUUUGAAUUUUGUGAACAGUUCCCGUGGGAACCACAGGAAGGUUUUCACCUUCCCCUGCGUCAGUGCCUACCUGGAACAAAGACAGCUUUUUAAACCCAAAGAUGAAAAACUGGAUCAGUUCUGGAUCGACUUCAAUGUCGAGUCAGAGUGUGUGAGCUUCUUUGUCGAUGAUCCUCAAGGUUUCCUGUGGGGCUCCAUUCAUCUGUUCAAAGACGAAUUGAAUCACUACACUCUCCUGUUCAAAGGUGAAGGUCGGUCGCUGACACAAACAGAAGAAUGCACUGGGUCUGAGAUGAUACUUAGCAUCCAGCUAAACAAUCCAAUCACGCAUAAUGGCAGCAAAGGUCAGAGGGUGGAGAUCACCUUCAGCUCUGAGUAUGAGGGAGGCCUGCGUGAGGCGACAGAGAAAGUCUUUAAGUGGGGACCAGUUCCCACCCCUACCCCUGGAUGGAAGAAUCGUGUCCCAUCCUUUGGCAGGAUGAAAUCGAGGAGAAAGAGUAAACUGAAGGUUCUUCCUCUGUCGUCUCCAAGCAGCGAGGACGACUCUACUGUUCUACUGAAGAUUUCAAGAAAAAGCUCAGCAGAGCUUCUGUUUGAUCCCAUCGUACAUUCAACGCCAAACCUCCAGUCAGUAGAUAUUCCAGAUGAGUCAGAUGGACAUGAGGAGGAUUUUGGAGCUUCACCCAAACAGGAAGCUGUCGGCAGCAACAGGAAGAGGACCUCAUCAGACUCAGGAUUCCUGUCGGAGGUGAAGGAGGGUUCCCCUGCUGAGAAGAAGAGGUCAGAGGCACAGACCGAAGAGAUCCACUCUGCCUCAGGGGCAGCAUAUGAUGAAGAUCAGGCCCAGGACUUGAACUCCGUCUUCGACUCAGCAGAGGAAGCAGAUCCACCCUCAGAGGAGGUGGGGCUGACAGGAGGACGAGAGAAGGCAGAGGUGACAUCACCCACACCAGAGGUUGAGCCACAGUCAGAGUUGACAUCAGGCAUCAGCAGUGCUUUCAGAAACUUCAGAGAACAACUGGAGCAACACUUGACUAGCUGCAUGAAAAAGGUGGAACAGGAGGUUCAUCAGUCUUUCCUGAAGUGCCAACAACAGAUGUCGUCAUUGCUAACAGCUGUACACCACCAGAGGUUGUUGCUGUUAAAAAACUUUGAAAAAAAUGUCUUGGAUCAACUGAAGAAACUUGAAGAGAACUCGACACAUCUGAACCAGAUGAACGCACACAUAAAGAGUUAUUUCCAGUCCGAGUUGCUUCGUCUGGGCUCAUUCUGUGACCACAGGUUAAACAGGAUGAAGUUCAUGGAUAGUGGUUUCGAUGAAAACGUGCCUGAAAAUGUUCCUGAGGAGGAGGAGAAACCUCACACGCCUGAAAACAUGGAUCAGUAAUCACGGCCGAGGAAGGCUCCAAAUUGUGUUGAAUGAUCAAGUAAUAAUAAGUUUAACUGUUGGAACCUGUGACGUAAUGAUCAUGUCUCUAUUUUUUUGUGAUGUAUGAAAUCAAAUAAACCCCUCAAAAGCAAA